CCCCCUCCCGAAAAAUCAGUGCGCGUGUGGCUGGGUCGCGUCGCUUUGUCCAUCGUCGUCGGAAUCAUGCUCGGGAGCGCCGCCACCUUCUGCGCUCUCCGCGCGGCAACCACAAAGACGGGCUCCGUCUGCGCCGGUGCCGACGCCACUUCGCCGUGGUGGAGCACCGGGGGCGCCGGCGAUUCAGUAGGAGCGGGGGGGGCGGACCAGAGCUUCGGGGACAGGCUGGACAAGGCACUGUUCGCGGCGAGGGCGGGAGAAGCAGCGGCUCAGCAGGGCUUGCUGGAGGACAUGCGCAACAUCCUGGCCGCCACCGGCGAGAGCGGGGGCAUCAGCGCCGAGCAGAUCCUCCGGCAGUUCAACGCGAAGCGCUUCAAGGAGGCCUCCAAGGCCUGGUCCGCCGCCGAGGGAAACGUCGCCGGGUCCGACCCCCUCGACCCCCUCUUCUUCGCACCCCCAACCGCCCCCGUUAACCCCUCUGCUUCGUCCUCCCAGCAGCCGCAGCCGUCCUCGUCGUCGGUUCCCCACGGAGCCACCCCGGCGACGGAUUGCGCCGGUGGCGCUAGCGGUAGCGCCUUUUGCUCGGCGGACAGCGGCGGCGGCGGCGGCGGCGGCGGGGGGGAUUCCGUGCGCGCGAACAUGGCGGAGUCGGUGCGGCGUGCGAAAGGUUUCCGCGACGGAGGUCGGCAGGAGUACCGCCGGCACUGCGGCGGGGGUGGGUGGGUGUGCUGAAGGGACGAGAGAGAGAGAGAGAGAGAGAGAGAGAGAGAGAGAGAGAGAGAGAGAGAGAGCCUCCUCAGCCUACCUCUGUGUGCGUGCAUCGUAAAAGUGUUUGGCCUGGCCCCAACAGGGCUAUGUCCGUCUCAUCAAAGGGUGGACGCAUUUUGAAAAGAAACUAUAAUGUUCCAGGAAGGAGGAUGGUGCAACGAGCGCCAGGGGGGGAGAGAGAGAAACGAACUCGCGAAGAGAAAGGGCCAAGAUGUUGAUUGAUGGACACAUUGGCCGCCAGUUCGUGGGAGGAAGGGGGUGCUGGUUUUGACUGCCGACGACCACUGCAUUCCCGCUUUCCUGAACUUUUUAUUUCCUCGUGCUGCAGCAGCAUGCCACCAUGAGGUUGUUUUUGGCAGCAGCGAUGCCCGGCCAAGAAGAAGCCGCGGGGGAAUUUUUUUGUAUAUUUCCGAUUGUUUGUUCUCCCGGAUCGACUGAUCCGCUGUCUCGUCGUCGUUUCUGGAAGAGUCUAUUCGAUCGCGCUGUCUCGUCAGAUCGAUCGGAAUGCAGCAAUCGGCGUCUUCGUUUUGCGGUAGUCCAGCAGUAGGCCAAUCCCUCCCACCCACCAGCCUCGGCGAAACUUUUGCUGCUGUUGUAUUCUUGUUUGUCCGCGUGCCGUUAGAGCUGCUGCCCUUAGGCCGUCGAAAAUGACGCCUCUGUUCAUGGUGAUGCCCCACACGGGUGUAUGACGUCAUAUGGCGGCGGGUAUGUACGUGUGGGUUGAUUCGUGCCGUGUACAAGUAGGCUUUCUUUUUUUUUGUAAAUUCGAAAAAGAAAAAAAAGAAAAAUCCGAAACAUGUAUAUCUGCUUUGGUGAGAAUAGGAGGAGUCGUAGGGUGGUUGGAAAAUGGGUUGUACAGGUGGUGGAGGGAGGGAAAAUGGUUGUAUACAAGGCGGGGAGAGAAGUUGAGGGGAGGAAUAACGGUUGCCACGGAGAGGGUGUGGGAAUAGUGGUUGUGUAGGUGAUUUUUCCUCGUGAAGCGCAACCCCUACUACUGUAAAUAGCCUGCGCAUCAAAGGUGGGGGCCGAACCGGUUUCACCAUUUCGAGUGGGGCGUAUGGGCACAUGGACGUAUAUACCUGCCAGCAACGUACGAGCCUAACGCCUCAGGCCCGUCUAUGUGAAAGCGACGAUUGAGGCAGAAGGGGAGGCGAAAGAGCAGGCAGCGUGCACUUGUACAGAGAUAUAAUUUGUCUGUUGGAGGGAUUUUUCCACCUCGUGUAUUUACCAUACGUUUGUUGUUGUUGGCAGCCCCGAUGAAAGGAUGCGUGCUUUUGUAGUUUUUGGGGAUCUGUAUAGUCCAUGUCCGUGCUGCAGAAGUUCUGCUCGCUGUGCACGAAGUACUGCUGGUAGAGGCUCUUGAAGCUUGCGAGCCCCCCCCUCUUCUGUGGCAGUGGGAGUGGCAGCCAGGUUGGAACCUUUGGUGUUUGGUGGCAUGGCCUAGCUGUAGAGUGAGAGAGUCGACUCCGGCGUGUGAUGCCAUCAUGAGACUUGGUCCGCGAGAGAGAGAGAGUAGGUGUCGCAAAACAAGUAAAAAAAAAAUGCAUUGUAUCUUGCGAUUUUACCAGAGAGGGUUUUCUUCAUUCAAGAGCAGUUGUCGAUGGGAGCGGUGCGCAUGGAGCAGCUAUGUCGAUCGGAGCGUAGAGUAUUGUAGCUGUCGUCCUCUCGCUGUUGGAUACUGCAGAAAUUUCGUGUACGGGGUAUUGAAGGCGUGUUGAUUGGAAAACAUUCAGAGUUUUCCGCCAUUAUCUUGCGCUCUGAUUGGAUUGUGAGCAACAGAAGAAUCUCUCAUUUU